UCACGUGUGUACAUAACCUCUUUGAUUGUUUUUGAACUAUUAUAGAGCACAUUAUAUAUUUUCUUAAAUAGAAUUUAUCGAUCAAAUAAACAUUAAUUCUGUCGGUUUUCCAGUAAUAUCCUAUCUGUGAUUUAUCGUCUUUUAUUUUUAUAAUUAAUUAAGUUUUUCUAUACGGAUAAAUCAUUUCAUGAAGUACAAAAUCUGUGCUAAGGAUAAGAGGCUUUUUCCUCGAACUGAGAUCAGAGGAGUCUAGUUUACAUAAAACAAGUAAUACGCAGCUAUACAUUUUAAUCUAUAGCUAAAAAUACAACUAUGUUGGUUACUUCCAAAUAUGUUCUACAUGUAUCUUCUAAUAUACAAAGUAUGUGCCGACCAUUCAUUAAAAAGUACUCCUCAAAGUCGGACAAAAUUAAAAGAUUGAUGAAAGAAUAUAAAUUGAUAUUUGGUCCGUUAGUUGAAACAAAAUCCCAAAAGAAAAGGAGAUUGAAAUUAGAGAAGAAAGGGAAGAUACCCCGUGAAAAGACAAAUAUGAUACAUACAGAAUUCUUGUGGGUUAUGGAAAAUGCUCGUGAUAAGCUCACAAAGAUUACAAAGCCUCAAAACGAGCAGUCAAAUGAUACAGAUCAGAGUUCUAUAAAAAAAUUUAGCGAGAUGGAAUUUGAUGGUUCAACUGAUCAAAAUACAAACAAUCUUUUACAUUCUGAAUCUAGUCAGACUGCUCAGAAAAUAGACCUUAGAUCUAACACCACAUCUAUUUUGUCAGCGAAGAAUAGUAAUAACGAAGUUGCAUCGUCCAAUUCAAAUGUAUCUGAUAAUGAAAAUACAGUCACAAAAUGUGUGUCUUCUAAUUUUGAAAGAUUGCCUGACAUUAUUAUAAAACAUUUGCCAACUUUUCCAAUUAUGGGCAGCAAACAAGAACUUCCGACGCAGUCAACAGAAAUAUUAUCUAUAUCUGUUAGAGAUGAUCUUGAAACAAUAAGAUUUCCCAGUGUAACUAAGAUUCUUACACAAACCAUGUCACCAGAGUCGAAGCUGGCUCUAGAGGCAUGGAAGGAAAGAAUGAUAAAAAAGCUCGGGCAAGAAGGAUUUGAAAUGCAUCAGAAAGCAUUGUUAGAGGAUGGAUCAUCUUUGCAUUCGUGCAUAGCACAGGACCUGCUCGGGAAAGAGUAUGAGGUUCCUUCGAAGAUCGAGCCAGUUUUUAAAAGUGUCCAGGGUGUUUUGAAGGACGUGCACCACGUGAGAGCGAUCGAGACACACGUAGCUCACCCGAAAUUGCGUUACAAAGGAGUAGUCGACUGUAUAGCCUCUUAUAGGGGCGAAAAUUACGUAAUCGAUUGGAAGAAAUCAGACAGAAAGAAAUUGGACUUGAAGGGAACAUAUGACGCGCCUGUACAACUCGCCGCGUACAUCGGAGCUAUCAAUGUUUCCAAUUUAUAUCCCUUUGUGAUAAAACGGGGAUUACUCGUGAUUGCUUACACGUGCGGCGCACCAGCAACCGUGUACGAAGUGUCCGACAACACGCUGCAGCAAUACUGGACAGCAUGGCUGCGCCGCCUGCAGAAAUACUAUGUCGAAACGACGAACAGCGACGAAAACAUUUAUACCCCAAUAAAGCAUUAAUGUACCGCGUCGCAUAUAUUCAUUAAAAGUUCCGCACGCAAAGCCAAUUAAAUGCUUAUCCGUCAACCACAGGUAACUCCCGGCAGGAGUCGGCGGGAGAAGUUUUUAAUUCCAUCCUUUGCGCGUCAGAAGUUGCAAUAAUCUAUAGUCUUCGGGGAGUAGUUGGGAAAAGCCCUCCCAGAGUCCGUAGGAAACCAGAGGAUACAGCGAGAGAGAGAGAGAAAGGGAAACCGCGUCGAUACGCCGACUUAUUAAGCCCUGCGGUGGACUCGGCAUUUAUGAUUUAUGACAAACCUAUUCGCAUUUUCCGCGAGCACCGCUCGGAGUAACGGUUAUUAAGAAAAUACGCAAACUUAUUAUCGCGACACUGUAAUUUUGUACGAUACAUUUACGCUGUUAUUAAAAGUAUCACAAUUUAUGUGAGCUGUAUUUUUCUAAAGUUCGUAAAACCUCAGAACUGGCGAAGAUUAAUGUUCCCUGAUCGAGUUUGGAAAGUUCAACGAUUAAAGCUUUUUCCGAAGAAGAUACGUUUUUAUACAAGUUCACAGAUUCGAAGUAAACAUAUUAAUUUUUAUGCUUACAUUAUAUCGUUAUAUCGCUCUUAUCAAGAUAAAAAAGUGUUCCAUUUUAGAUUUUAAUUUUAGAUGCAAUUUGAUAAUCAAUACUGAGUUCGUUGAAAACUUGUUUCGCUUUUAAAAAUAAACCUUUGAUUUCACAGUCCCAUAUCGCAGGUGAAGAAUACUGUAAUACUAAAAACGUAAUGGUCGUGCCGGAAAAACCCGGUCAUCCCGGUCGUCGAGUUAACAUACUACAAUUAUAACUUUCGCCGGCAGGACAGAGAAAGCCUGAAGGGGGUGCUACGUUACGCGGCUCCCCGUUACAGGACCUUAUAAACAUUGCGACCCCUCGUGCGCCCUUGGGGAUCGUAAACUAAUGGUGAAGCGGUGUAGCAGAAUUAUAUCGUUCGUUGUUUCCGCAUACCUGGCUCGCACACAGAAACCGGGAGUAUCGCGUUAGGAUAUCAGAUAUUACGAACCGCAUCCUUUACGUCCAAACGGUCUGGGCCAUACAUGGCAGUAUCAAGUCGUAAUAACACUGUCAGAUAUAUUACCGUCAUCAUACAGCGCAAUGUGUUAGAUUUUCACAUUUUUGUUUUAUUUUUUUUCAUCACAUUUCUUGUUGGCGAAAAUACGUGCCGCGAAAUGUUCGCUACUUUUUACUAUAUUUAUUUUUGGAUACUAAAUUUUGAA